UUCAUAUUCCUGUCAGCCCAGUCUUCGAAGCAGAACCGAGGCCAAUAAUGGCGUCUGGUUUUCCUUGGAAAGUGGAAAUACUUCAGCGUUUACAAAACAGGGAUCGCAAAGAAUUUGUCUCAUUUAAAGACCUCAUUAAAUCUCAUAAUAAAUUAUUUGACAAUGCUGACACGCUCAAAUCCAAGAUUGUUCAAUUGGAAAUUCAGACCCUGCAUAUGAAACAGGAAAAUGCUGAAUUGCAAGAUAAAACAUCGAAGACAAGUUCAAGUGGAACAGUUGGAAGUGAAAAGGUUCAAGCACUGGAACAUAAAAUUGAUAAAUUGAAGGAAGAAUUAAUAGGUUUACAUAGGACAAAAGGAGAGAAUGCGCAAAAGGUGAUCGAAUUAAACAAUAUGAUAACGCAAAAGAAUGAGGAUCUUUCGUUAAAAGAAGCUCAGUUACAAGACUCGCUUAUUAAUCUUGAUUCAGUGAAAACUGAAGCAAAGCGUUUAGAACAAACAAUCAUGGAGUUGGAAGCCACCAAUCAAAUGUUAAAAGAUGAAUUACAAGCUCUACAAAUGGCCUACAAUUCUCUUGAAAUUAAGUUUGCAAAAACCCAAGAAGAAAACAGGGAAUUGGUUGAGCGGUGGAUGGUGAAAAAGGCAAAAGACGCUGACGCUAUGAAUCUUGAAAAUGAGCAAAUGACGAGGGCUCGACAAGCGAAAUUACGACAUGAUUUAAUGGAAGCGGCUAAAGAACCAGUUGCUCUUCCACCAAAAAAGCGAACAUCCUCGUCAUCUUUAGACCAUAAUGGAGAUCACGACAUUCCUGCUCCACCCUAUUGUUUCUUCACGUCACUUCCUACGGAACCGUUACAUAAAGUUGUUGCUCAUGAUGGUGAGGUGAAUGCUGUGGCUUUCUCUCCAAAUGGUCGAUAUUUUGCAACCGGUGGUUCCGACAAACUUGUUAAAAUAUGGGAAAUAGGUAAAACUUGUGAUACUAAAUCUACUAUACAUGGCUGUAAUGCCGGUGUUACAUCUGUGGAAUUUGAUAUGCAGGACAAAUUACUACUAGCUUCUUCAAAUGAUUAUGCCUGUCGAAUUUGGACGUAUAGUGAUGGCAGACUACGGCACACAUUGACUGGGCAUACAAACAAAGUUUCAAGCGCAAAGUUUUUGCUUGAUUCAACAAAAGUGGUUUCUGGGAGCCAUGACAGAACACUGAAAGUUUGGGAUCUCAGGACCAAAGCUUGUAACCGAACGAUAUUUGCUGGUUCAAGUUGCAACGACGUCGUUACAACAAGCUUAGCUUCAACGACGAUUAUAAGUGGCCAUUUUGAUAAAAGAAUUCGAUUUUGGGACUCAAGAUCGGACACAAGUUCAACAGAAAUUGGUUUACCAGGAAGAGUGACUUCACUAUGUAUCUCUCCUGAUCGUAAUACGUUACUAGCAGCAACGAGAGGAGAUGCUUUAAAACUAAUUAAUCUACGAAUGAAUCAGGUUUCAGGCACUCUGAGUGCGAACGGUCUCAAAAUUGCAACUGACUGCACGCGAGCUUGUUUCAGCCCUGACGGUAGUUACGUAUCGUGUGGUUCCCAAGAUGGUAGUAUAUUUAUCUGGGAUACAACAACAUUAAAACCAGAGAAAGUCUUAAAGUGUCAAGGGACAGCUGUUGUGACUUGUGCUUGGCACCCAGAAGGCAAUGCGCUCGUGAGCUGUGAUAGAAACAAACAAGUUAUUGUGUGGUCGUCUCUGAUUUGAAGAAAAUCCAUUGAAUUUUAAUUGAAUUGAAUUAUCUUCGUUGAUUAUCCGUAGCCCUCUAUCUUGGAUUAAUGGGAGUGUCUUCAAAAAUGACCAUUUUUACUUUUAAUAUUUCUGCUUUCACUAAAUCUGAAGCUCAUUGCAUAUUAGACAGAACAUGAGAGCAUCCGUAGACAUUGCAAUGCGCAAUUACAACUAUAAGAUUUCUGGAACCGUAAAAUUUUGGUAAGAAUGCCGGGUUGAUCCACGGUCAGGAAGUAGAUGCCAGGGUGUUUCUAUAAUUCAUACCUAAGCAGUUGCACCUGGAUCUGCCCAUUAACAUCCAUCGAAAUCUGUUGUGUUUUGUGUGUAAAGAAAUUUUCUGAGAGGAAAUGCGUAUGAUAUUCUCAGAGAGCUUUCUGGAAGCUAACUUUCAACCAAAGAACAAUUACUGGUUUGAGCUACUUCACAUCCUGGAUAGUGGGUUAGGGGUAUAUAACGAUAUAAAUACGAACUUCGUUUGGGAGAAGCAAAUCUACAAAUGCACGAGCGUUGUGUGAUCUUUAGAAUAAAUGUAAAUAUGAUUAGUUGUUAAAUAGUUUUGGUCACACUUUUAUCAGGCGUAAUUUCUGUUAAAGCGUUUCCUGUAGUUAAAAAUUGCUUUUAUAUGAUAAUAGUUCAAAUUUUGUGAUUGUACAUAAACAAUAAAUACUGUGCACUAUUAUUG